UGUGCUAUCUUGAUAACGCCAAAACGAACUUAAGAUCAGUAUAGAAAACUUUUAAAAGUCAAUCUUUAAGAAGGAGAAGAAAAAGAGCGGAAUAAUUGCCGCGAACUGCAAAAUUGUCGAAGCGCAAACUUUUUUACUGACAGAGGAACAUUUUGUUAAAAGUGGCUCAUCAGUAGCAACCUUACCCUAAAGCUAAACUCAACUGAAACAGGCCUAUAGGUUACACAUUUUGAUUUUUGAAGAUGGCGAUGAGCAAGUUACUGAAGAGUGAAAGUGUACAUGAUGAAGGCAAAACCAGAAGAUUUAAUAAAAUAAGGCCUUCUUGUGACCGAUUCUUUACAUCCAGAAAUUUUUUCGGAGCUCAAAUAAAUCACGAGACUGAAACUGGUAUGAUGUCAUGUCGUGUACCAGAAGAUAAUUCUCUUCUUACCAGUAUUUAUUUCAUUCUUUCUGAUGGUCUUAUUUUGAAUGGAGAAACUCUCGAAAUACGAAAAAUGAUUGCUGAAGAAGUUACUAAUAAUCCUGAAAGGUACACCACUGCCUUUUUGGGAAUGCCAGCUGAAGACUUUUGCCAAUGGGUAAUGAUUGCGAACCAUGGGCAAGGUGCCCUCGAAUUAGCAAUCUUAAGUGAACAUUUACAGAUUGAAAUUAUUGUAAUUGAUUGUUUUACCCUGGCAGCAACUCAUUAUGGAGAAAGUGAAAAUUACACCGACAGAUUCUUUCUCAUAUAUGAUGCCGGACAUUAUGACCCAUUACUUUAUGAACAAAAUGACAUAUGGUGGACAAUUUUUCCAGCUUCUGACGAGGCCUUUCUGCAAAUGGCCCUAGAAGCAGCUCAGAAAGCUAAAAUCAAUUUGACUCUAUAUUGUCCUGUUUGCAAUGCCCUGUUGCAUGGCAACAAAGCAGCAAGAGCUCAUGUUAUGGCUACAGGACAUAAAGAGUUCGAGGAACUUGCUGUUUAACUUACUGUGUAAUCUUCUUCAAUUUUUGGGCAUUCCAUUUUAUUUUAUUUCAAUUUCUUGUUUUGUAUUAAAAUAUUUUGAUAUUUAAGAUAUGCAUGUUGUUAUAAACUUGUACUGUUCAAGUUUUAAAUUUUUAUGCUUUUAUUUGCAACAGAAACCUAAAUUUUUAAAUGUCUUGUUUAACUGGUCGCACGUAAUUCGAAGAAUUCUGCAAUGUAUUUGAGACUACUGAUCACUUACAGUAUUAUAAUCAUUAAGAAAUGUUUUCAAGGUCUUUAUUAUUAUUCAAAUUAAAUGCAUAUUUUUUAAAAAAAAGUUUGAAACAUUUUUUCUAUGCCCAGUUACUGCACGGCAUUUACCAGUAAUAUCAGAAAUACUGCAUUUAUUCUGCAAACUAAGCAGCUGUGAAAGUUCAUACAUUUUACAUUUUCACAAGUUAUGUUUCUUCUUAGUCAUCUUUUUAUAUUUAGUUGUGUGUACAUGGUCAUUUUUUAAAACAAAAAGUGAUGCUACAUUUGAUUAACUUUUUAAACAUUUUAUAUGAAUAUACAUUCAUCUGUUAAAUUGCUGUACAAAUAUCAGUUCAUUUCUUAUACAAAUGGUAUUUUUAUACAAACAUACAUUCACUUACUAUAUUGUGAACUAUAUAGAUUUUAACUUCUUUGAGCUGUUAGUGUGCUGCACUAGUUAUAUCAAGCUCUUUUAUAGGUCAGGUUUUAUUACUUUUAAUUUUCAAAAGUAGUAUUUUAAAUUGUAACAUUUUUCUUUUCAUUAUAAAAACAUACUUGUGCCUUAAAUUUUAAAUUCAUUGAUUCAUUACCUUAACUCUUUGAAAUCCAGACCUUUCGCUAAGCUGCAUCCUCAAAAUACACCGAACUGCUCGAAAUACUUUACCAGUUUCACAGCACUUUUCUCCUCUCCCUGUCCAUUACCGCAGAAAAUAGGUGUGAAGAUUUCCAAUGACAUCCUUUGUACUUUCUAACAAAGAUUCCAUUAGCCUUUGACCCCUUCUUUAGAAAACAUUUGA